CAUCUUCUACCUCUCUCUCGCUCUUCCUCUUCAAGUCGGCUCCUUUAUUACUACAGGUUCAAGCUUUAGAUACAAUGGCAACAUUCCCCAACCUCAACUCUGCUUCUGGAUUGAAGAAGCUCGAUGAGCAUCUUCUCACUCGCAGUUACAUCACUGGGUACCAAGCUUCAAAGGAUGAUAUCACUGUUUUUACAGCUCUUUCAAAGCCCCCAACUUUAGAGUAUGUGAAUGUUUCUCGUUGGUUCAACCACAUCGAUGCCCUCUUGAGGAUCUCUGGUGUCUCUGCUGAAGGAAGUGGUGUCAUUGUUGAGGGAUCAUCACCGAUCACAGAAGAGGCUGUUGCUUCUCCCCCUGCAGCUGAUUCUAAGGAUGCUGCGGCUGAUGAAGAAGAUGAUGAUGAUGUUGACCUUUUCGGGGAGGAGACCGAAGAGGAAAAGAAAGCUGCUGAAGAGAGAGCUGCUUCUGUGAAGGCAUCUACAAAGAAGAAGGAAUCCGGAAAGUCAUCAGUUUUAAUUGAUAUCAAGCCGUGGGAUGAUGAGACCGACAUGAAGAAGCUAGAGGAAUCUGUAAGAUCGAUUCAGAUGGAAGGAUUGUUUUGGGGAGCAUCAAAACUUGUACCAGUUGGUUACGGUAUCAAGAAAUUGCAGAUCAUGUGCACCAUUGUUGAUGACCUUGUGUCUAUUGACACCAUGAUCGAAGAGCAACUCACUGUUGAACCAAUCAAUGAAUUUGUCCAGAGUUGUGACAUUGUUGCCUUCAACAAGAUAUGAGGAUGGAGAAAAGCUUGAACGAAGGACUGUUUAUGAUGUUAUUGUUGUCUUCUUCUUCUUCUUCUUCUUCUUCUUCUUCUUCUAUAUCCUUCUGUUACUGUUUUGAUACGACUAUGUGGAAGGGCUUUUGCCAUCUCUAAUUCAUUUUGAUAUUUUGUUCAGUAA